CAUAUAAAAAGGGAGAAAGAGAGUAUCAGAAUCAGUCGAGUGUGUCUCCUCCACACGACAUCACCAGCAGGACUUCAGUUUGUUAUCCGCUGUAUCAUCUAGAGUACUUUCAGCUCGCUAUUAUGGCUAACUACGGCGUCAUGCUGCUGUUGGCGGUUGCAUCGAUGAUGGCUGGAUCGACCAAGGGAGGACCUGUGGGCCCGUCUCCUGUUUACGUCCCCAAGAAAGCAGAGUACGCCACCGAGGCUCCAAAGUACUACACCACAAAAGCUCCGGAAUAUUACACAACGGCAUCCUACUACACGACAAAGGCCCCUGAGUACUACACCGAGCCUCCAAAGUAUUACACCACCAAGGCCCCGGAGUACUACACUGCUGCAUCCUACUACACCACCAAGGCUCCCGAGUACUACACCACUGCUGCAUCCUACUACACCACCAAGGCUCCCGAAUACUACACCACUGCUGCUUACUACACCACCAAGGCUCCAGAAUACUACACCACUGCUGCUUACUACACCACCAAGGCUCCAGAAUACUACACCACUGCUGCUUACUACACCACCAAGGCUCCCGAAUACUACACCACUGCUGCUUACUACACCACCAAGGCUCCUGAAUACUACACCACCAAGGCUCCUGAAUACUACACCACCAAGGCUCCUGAAUACUACACCACUGUUGCUUACUACACCACCAAGGCUCCUGAAUACUACACUGAGGCCGCGAAGUACUACUCUGCUCCAAGCUACACCACUGAAGGUGCUAAGUAUCACGUUGCCCCAACUUACUACACCACAGCUGCCCCAACUUACUACGCAGAGCCUACUUAUUACACCGAGGCACCUCAAUACUACUCAGCCCUGAGCCAUUACGAGACCGCCGUUCCAGAUCACUACACCUAUUCUGAGGGAGUUUACUACACUGAAGCGCCAGAGUACUACACCACGACGUACGCCGCUCCAAGCUACUACACUGAGGCCCCCAAGUACUACUCCGCAUCGAGCUACACCACCACAGCGGCUCCUUACUACACCACUGAAGAGGCUAAGUAUUACGUAGCCCCAACUUACUACACCACCGCUGCUCCUUCUUAUCAUGUCGAACCGACGUACUACACUGAAGCUCCGAAUCACUAUUCAGCCGUGAGCCACCAUGAAACUGCAGCUCCAGCAUACUACCCUUCGUACUCUGAGCCGACUUACUACACCGAGGCGCCGAAAUAUUCUGCUCAGAAUUAUUACACCACAGUUGCCCCGUCUUACUAUUUUGAUUCCCGUUACUACUCUUCGUAUGUCCAGCCGAAUUACUACGCCCAAGCUCCCGCUUAUUACUCGCCUUCCAGCUAUUACGAUGCCGAAACUCCUGCCUACUACUCCACAGCUUUUGGACAUCAAGAUCGCGGCAACAGGUUUAUGCACGCCAGGCCUCACAAAUACUACUCUGCUUCCAUGGUUCCUGAGUUCCACAUUCCUAGGGCCGUCGAGUACUACACCACCAAGUCUCCCGAGUACUAUACCACCAAGGCAGCUGAAUACUACGUUACCAAAGCUCCGGAGUACUACACCACCAAAGCCGCUGAAUACUACACCACCAAAGCUCCCGAGUACUACACCACCAAAGCUCCCGAGUACUACACCACCAAAGCUCCCGAGUACUACACCACCAAAGCUCCCGAGUACUACACCACCAAAGCUCCCGAGUACUACACCACCAAAGCUCCCGAGUACUACACCACCAAAGCUCCCGAGUACUACACCACCAAAGCUCCCGAGUACUACACCACCAAAGCCGCUGAAUACUACACCACCAAAGCCGCUGAAUACUACACCACCAAAGCCGCUGAAUACUACACCACCAAGGCUGCUGAAUACUACGCUACUGAGGCCCCCAAAUACUACGCUACUGAAGCCCCCAAAUACUACACCACCAAGGCUCCAGAAUACUACACCACUGCCUCCUACUACACCACCAAGGCGGCCGAAUAUUACACGACGAAAAAGGUAGAAUAUUACACCGAGGCUCCGAAGUACACCACUAAGGCACCCGAGUACUACGGUGAACCUUCGAAAUAUUAUUCGCAACCUCGUUAUUGAUGAGCAUGUUGAUUAAAUAUUUUUAUUUUAAUAGAUGUCAUUAUAAAAAGUCUUGUUUAUUUGUGAAAUGGUGUUCCUCUUACGUGAUGCCUUCUAUAUUCUGCCACAUUUACUUGUUUACUAGUCAUUUGGCAUGGAAAUAUUUUCUUAAUCAGAUGUUGAAUACAUUAUUUAUUGCCUUGGUUAAACAACAAAA